AUGCCUCAGUCACAGCUUCUAUUUGUGUUCCUGUGUUGUCUUCCUUUGGCAGCCUGUUUGAAGUGCUACACUUGCGUAUUUCCAGCCAUCUCUCCUUUGGACUGUCUGAAGUUUCCUCUGGAGUGUCCAGCCGGCCAGCGCUGCCUCUCCAGCGUGGCGACGGGAAGACGAGGCGCCCUCCAGAUGACGAUGUAUGAGAAGAGUUGUGCCGUCAACUCCCAGUGUGGUCUGAGUGGACAGAAAUACGCUUCGGGCGUCUUCUUCAACUACACCAACGUCUGCUGUGAUACGGAUCUGUGCAACGAAGCCACGGCCGUUGCUGCCCUCAUCUGGAGAGGAUUGAUGCUCUGGAUGCUGCCGGCACUCGGCCUCCUGCUGGCCUGAGCAGCGCAGGGGGUGAAAAUCAUCGAGAAAUGCAUUAAAAUGUACCGUCAGAAGGCACACGGGACAGGAAGUGGUGUACCAAGAAGGUUGGAAAAUGCCCAUUUUUAUACAUUUUUAAAAGAGAACAUCACCAAGUGGCCACUCAGCAAAUAAUAA